AUGUCAGUUUUAUACAACUUUCCCAUAGUAUCUGUCAAAAAUGUAUCAUUUACAGCAUCCCCCACCCAAAUAUUCGAAACAUUUGCUCCAUUUGGCCACAUUUACCAAAUUCGCCACAAUCCAAAACAACAAGGUCAAUUAUUCAUCAUUUAUUCGACUCUAAAACUGGCCCAAUUGGCGGCUAAGGAGCUAAAUGGAGUUAACUUUGAAGGAAGGUAUUUGGUGACUUCAAUGUACGGCGUUGACAAAAGCAAAAUUAGUGAAGAAUCGUUCAAGUUGAGGCGGAAGCAAGUCGAUGAGAAGAUCCAUAAAGAGUAG